AUGGAAGUUGCAUUUCUACUACUACCACUACUGAUAUUCGAAUGGAAGACAUUAGCGAUCAAGUAUGAAUCAGCGGAUGACAGUCAUGAUCUUAAAGUGGCACUUAGCGAUGAGUUUAUUGUGGGUGUUUCGAACCUUCGCAAGAUUUAUAAUUUUUAUUCAGUAUCGAAUAUAACUCAAAACUCUUCAUGUACGACUAACAAUCCGCACUCUGAACUCAAUAUCUACGGUCUUUCAGUGUUGAAGAUGAAACAAAAUCACGUAGUCUCAUUCGUUCAACUUGCCGAAAAUAAAACAUCGAAAUCUACUGUAUUUUCUCGAAUUACUAUGAAUUUAACAACGUGCGACAGCGAUUCUGGAUCGCAGCCUGUUUUUCAACACCUAACAGUAUGGACGAAAGGUCGUCAAGAACAUAUGUUCCUCAAAGUCGAUCGGCGAGAAAACUUCGCCUAUAUCUUUGCCGAUUCGUUUAUAUUUUCGUACGAUUUGCUUCUCAAUCAGAUCGAUCAAAUCGAUAGAACGAAUUUCAUCAUGUUCGAUAGCAGCUAUGAAUCAUUUACUCCAUAUGCAUUCGAUAUAAAAAACGAUUGGGCUGCUGUUGCUGGAUCUCAUUCCAUACAAAAUCAAUCUCGAAGCAAACAAUGCCUUUAUAUAUUAGGACUUCAACCACUACGGGUGAUCAAUGUCAGCACGAUUGGUUCAAACGAUCUUCAAGGACCUGACAGAGCUACUUACAAUCAAGACUAUGAUAUAUCACUUUCGAUUAAUCCUUCGGGAACGGCAAUAGCCAUUGGCGAAGCCCAACUGAAUAAAGUCACAAUUGCAUAUAUGAAUGGAGAUGAUACAUUUCCGUUCGUUUCAAAAUUUCAUGAGAUCAGUGAACCUGAGAAUUGGACUGGCUUUGGUCGUUCAGUGAUCUGGCUCAAUGACGAUGAAACACUGGCAAUACUUGUACUUAAAUCGAGGAAUCACAUUUCGUCGAAAUCCGAGAUACAAGUGUAUGAAAAUAUAUCUCACAAUCGAACUCGUGGCUCGAUUAUACCGAACUUUGUUAUUCCAAACAAUCAACAAACAUUGAAUAAUAUUCAACGCUCGAAGUCUUCGCGUAAACAUUCUUUUCAUCGUAUUCGAGCACGUUCGAAUAGUUUGUUAAUUCUUCUGAAAAAUGCUGAUGUCGUCUUUAUUCCAUCUGCUGAUGCUGGCUUGUGUUCGAUGGAGCUCUCAUCAGUAAACUUUCGAAAUCUAUAUAUUUUGCAACCGAGACCAUGUGUGAGCGGAUCGUAUAAAAACGCAUCGGGUCCUGGUCCGUGCACGAUUUGUCCACCGGGUACAAAAAAUCCGGGAAAUUAUCCAGCAACUGUAUGUCAACCUUGCAAUUCAAGCACCUUUUGUCCGUUGGGUGCCACAAAUGAUGUUGAUCUAACUAACUUUCGUUCAUAUAUUCAAACGUUCAGUUAUCCUGACUCACCUAUUAUCGAUGAUUAUGAUGAUUUAUUGUUGUUAAACUUUUUCCCGACGAAUAUGAAAGCUAGUUGUUUGGUUUUGACACCUCUCUUCUGGACCGCAGUGGCUACAAUAUUAUGUUUAAUAAUGUGGUUUACUAUGUUUCUCAUCAAACGACGACGUCCAACAGUGAUCAAUAGUUAUCGUCAACGAGCAAAGAGCGUUUUAAAGCACAAUGAUCUGAUUGGAGAAGGAGAACGAUGGAUUGGUGGUCUGGCAUCCAUCAUCAUUUUUACUAUUAUCAUACACUGUGCUAUAUUCUCCUUCUUUUACUUCCAAUCAUAUCCGAUCGAAACAGCAGAAGCAGUGGACAAAGUAUGCGAUAACACUCAACGGAAUUCCAAAUUCGAUAAUGCCCUUCAAUUGCCUUUGCCCGGAAAUGAUGGCACCUAUUGGAAAAUAUUCGACAUGCUCAACAAACAGCCAUUCACAAUGACUUUACAUCUAAUCAAUACACGAGUUCAGUGUGGUGACAUCACGGUUGAACGCAAUAGACAUACGGGUACUCCUCUAUCGAUAGGCGAGACAAUUUGCGCAUUGUCACCGAUCAAUGACAGCAUUUCGUUUAGUUUUGCUCUGCCUACCCAUACGUCAACUGUUCGCGCUAGUAUUAAUGGGCCUUAUUUCAUCGGGGCACUUCGUCUCUGUCUCUAUGGAGAACCCGAUGCCGAAAUGGAAGAAUCGGCAUUGCAUCAAUUACGCGAACUUGACAUAUGUACUCUCUUCCAUACAAAUAAUCAAACCAUUGGACUCUCAACAGGUUUCACUGUACGUCUCAUCAAAGUUAUCAAUGUAACAAAGCCACUGAGACGCAGUGACCGAACAUAUUACGAUGGUAUAUGGGCGCCGUUUAUAACCUACACCGAUGUUCUCUCGGAUGAAGCGUAUUUUGCAGAAAAGGGCGAAUAUUUGCGAUAUGCUUCUGAACAAACGACAAUUAAUAUUGAAUUUAGGGAAGAGAUCUACUUUGUUCAAAACAAUCAAUCGCCAAUUAUACGUCGAGGAGCACUCUUCUUUCGAACAAUUCUUUUUAGCUUUUCCCUUAUAGAAAUAUUUGCAAUGGCUUUCCUUCUGUACAAGCUUUGGUUUCAUCCCAUCCAUCGACGUAUUCUAACAUCUCGUGAUGAUCUAGUUGAUGAUGAAUUGCAGAUGAACCAAGCACAACAUGACUCGCACGUAUCGUCAUUAUCAAAACACCAAACGUUGGCGAGAAAACGAGGAAAUAUGAAUGGACGAUGUUGGAAUCGCCAGAAAUCCCAUCGUACAAAAGAUAACAGAGAACAUCCAACAAAACUAGAGACCAUCGAAUACUUAGAUGAACCAUUAACUCCACCGUCUCUUCUGACGACUUCGUCCAAUCCAAUAGAACACUAA